CGCAUGAAUGCAUGUAUGUGCAAUUUGGUUAGUUGUCAAAAUUAAUUUAAUAUGGAAAGUAAACCUCUGUUGCAAGAAGAUGGCAUUGUAAAUGGACAAUUACCCUCAUCAGCAGCUCUUCCCGUGAUACCAGGAGGUGCACCGUCAGCCCCACCAGGUGGUAGUGGUGAGCCUGCCCUGCCCCCUUACCGGCCCUCAGCACCGCCAGGAAGACCCUAUUAUGGUGGUGUGGUGAAUCAACAGCCAAACGCACAGCCAUUCCCGCAUCGUCAAGACAACAAUGCUUACUUAAUGGUGAAACCACCUAACUACUUUCCCCUAACUGUUGUUGCUACGUUCUGUUGUUGCCUAGUCUGUGGAGCAAUCGGACUCUACUUUGGUCAUCAAGCUGACACUGAAUGGAGUAAAGGAGACAGGGAGCUGGCCCAUAAACACUCUCAAAAUGCUAAGAAGUGGGGAAUUGGAGGCAUCGUCAGUGGCAUUGUGUUGCACCUGGCCAACAUAGCUCUUGUUGGUGGAACAUAUGCAAUAGUGUACAGUCACGCUCAACGCUAAAAGGUAUUGACUGCUUGUGUAAUCAUUUUUAUAGCUCAAGAACAACAAUCGAUGCAUGUGUACACGUACUGUAGUGUGCAAACCAUUUUCAGUAACAUCUUAUCAAGAACAACAA